AUGGAGAAGAGUGAGGAAGUGCAGAGCAGGCUGCAGUGGGCCGGGCCGGUGGAGCGGACCAGAGCGGGCAGGCUGGCUCUUGGCGGGCCGUGGCGUGGCAGGGGGGAGAGGAGGUGCGGGGCAGAGCAGGGCGGAGCAGGUCCACUCCAUGUCCGCACUGUGAGUCAGAUCGCACGCAGACAAGGAUCUCACCCAACCGAGGCGGAGGGUGCAGCGCAGCAAGCAGAGGGCAUCGAGGUGUACCCGCACCUGGUGCCGGUGGUGUACCCGCUGGCCCUCAUCUCGCAGACGGUGUCCGUGUACCUGACGCUGACGGUGACACUGGAGCGGUUCGUGGCGGUGUGCCACCCCCUGCGCGCGCGCUCUCUUUGCACCUACGGCCGCGCGCGCCUCUACGUGCUCGUUAUCAUCGCGCUCUCGGCGCUCUACAACCUGCCGCGCUUCUGGGAGGCUGAGAUCGACGUGCAGUGGGACGACGAACGCAAUACUACGGUGAUGGAGGUGGUGCCGACGGCUCUGCGACGCAACCACCUCUACGUCACCGUCUACAUCAACUGGCUCUAUAUGGCGCUGCUCUACUUCCUUCCCUUCACGGUGCUCGCAGUGCUCAACACCGCCAUCUACCGACAGAAUAGCCAAACCAUCAACAUUAACAUGGUAUAG